GGGUGAAGAAGGGGAGGGAGGAAGGUAAGUACCCUCUUAUGUGACAAUUGGGGAAGCAGAGGAUUUGCGGUUGGGGAUGAGAAAGGAAGGAGCAACUCGAAGGAUAUAAAGAGGGACACAUCCCACGACUUCAGGCACAACGCCAGUGAUCUCUGUCCCCACGACACGCCUUUCCCCAGCCCGAUCUGCUGCAGCAUCUAGUCCCCUGGUCUGGCAUCAUGAAAACUCUGGCAAUCCUACUGACCCUGUCCCUUGCGGCGUUGGCAUUGGCCGAUCCGUGGCGAUCCUUCAACUACGGCGGAGGAUAUGGCGGAGGAGGAUAUGGUGGCUACGGAGGCGGUUACGGGGGAGGAGGAGGAGGAGGCUACGGAUUCGGAGGCCUGGGGGGAUACGGUGGAUACGGCGGAUACGGUGGAUACGGUGGAUACGGGAACUAUGGCGGUUACGGUAGAUUCGGACGCGGCAGAAAUUACGGGUAGAACCUUCGCUUUCCCCUAAACAGUCCUCAGGAUCCUUCAUUAUUAAUGAGUAUCAUGUAUACACACACACACACACACACACACACACACACACA